GUGUGCAACUAUCAACAUAUUCAUUCAAGUCUCACUUUAUUCAAAAACAGUAGUAGUUGAGCCACUUAAUUUUCCCUCCAUGCACGGUCAUUAUAAUUUCUUCCUUUUUAUGUAAUUCUUAUUUUACUUUCCAAAUAACCAUUAAGAAAUAAUGUCCAUUAAUUCUAAUUAAUAUACUUUAUAUUUGUUUUAAAAAAUAUAUAUUCCCUCUUCACACACCAACGGUCUAUAACUUGUAGCAUUUCCCCUUCCCUUAAAAAAAAAUACACACACAUCCACAAAACUAUAAGAUGGGUCCAAUAAUUUAUAUUCCUAAUUUAUAUUCUAUUAUUUCAAUCUAGAUAAUGUCCUAACCUCCCUAUAUAUAUACACUUUACACCUUAAUGUUUCAAGUAUACUCCUCUUUUCCCCCUCAAAAAAACUUGGUGAUCGAGGAGAGAGUGUUUCUUGUAUGAACUCGAGUAUGGGACUAGAGGAUCAAGGUCAUCAAGCUAUGUCCGUCGAGCAAGAAGAAAUGUCGAUUAACGUACCGAAUAGUCUAAGGAUACAUAGUGUCUCUUUGCCACCCAAAAAAACCACAUUACAAAAACUCAAACACAAACUUAAUGAAAUUUUCUUCCCGGAUGAUCCACUUUAUCAAUUUAAGAACAAAAAUCUUAAAACCAAAUUAAUUUUGGGUUUUCAAUACAUCUUCCCUAUUCUUCAAUGGUUACCUACUUAUGGUUUUCAGCUCUUUAGAUCUGAUCUUGUUGCUGGACUCACCAUUGCUAGCCUAGCCAUCCCACAGGGUAUAAGCUACGCAAAGCUUGCAAAUUUGCCUCCUAUAAUUGGAUUAUAUUCAAGUUUUGUACCACCUUUAAUAUACUCUGUUCUUGGGAGUUCCAAACAUUUGGGUGUUGGUCCAGUUUCCAUUGCAUCUCUAGUAAUGGGUGCAAUGCUUACCGAAUUCGUCUCACCGGUUAAUGAUUCAGUCCUCUACCUCAAACUCGCUUUCACUUCUACUCUCUUUGCCGGGUUAUUUCAGGCCUGGUUGGGCUUUUUCAGGUUGGGUUUUAUUAUUGAUUUCUUAUCAAAGGCCACAUUAAUUGGGUUCAUGGCUGGAGCAGCAGUCAUUGUCUCUCUUCAACAGCUCAAAGGGUUGCUUGGAAUAAAUCAUUUUACUAGCAAAAUGCAGAUUAUCCCUGUCUUGUCUUCCGUUUUUAGCCACAGAAAUGAGUGGUCAUGGCAAACAAUUGUUAUGGGGAUCAGUUUUCUGUUUUUUCUUUUGGCAGCAAGACAAAUUAGCACGAAGAAGCCUAGGCUCUUCUGGAUAUCAGCCGCGGCUCCUUUAGCAUCAGUGAUUUUAUCAACCUUCAUAGUAUUUUGUCUCAAGUCUAAUGCAGAUAAGAUUCCCAAAAUUGGUCAGCUGCCCAAGGGUCUGAAUCCUCCCUCAGUAAACAUGUUAUACUUCCACAGUUCCCAUAUUGCUCUGGCUGCUAAAACGGGUCUCAUAACUGGUAUUCUGUCUCUAACUGAGGGAAUUGCAGUUGGUAGAACAUUUGCUUCCUUGGAAAAUUAUCAAGUUGACGGUAACAAAGAAAUGAUGGCAAUAGGCAUAAUGAACGUCGUUGGUUCAUGCUCCUCAUGCUAUGUGACUACAGGAGCAUUUUCUCGAUCUGCUGUGAACUAUAAUGCUGGAGCUAAGACCGCUUUCUCCAAUAUAGUGAUGGCAACUGCUGUAUUAGUCACUCUGCUCUUCCUGAUGCCCCUCUUCUAUUACACUCCCAAUGUUGUUUUAGCAGCAAUCAUUAUAACAGCUGUUAUUGGACUUAUAGACUACCAAGGCGCUUAUAGAUUAUGGAAAGUUGACAAACUUGAUUUCGUGGCUUGUUUGAGCUCUUUUUUCGGCGUUCUCUUCAUCUCAGUGCCUUCAGGGCUUUCCCUUGCUGUUGGAAUAUCAGUAUUCAAGGUUCUCCUGCAUAUAACUAGACCAAACAUAGUGUCUUUAGGCAACAUUCCAGGCACUCAAAUGUUUCAGAGCCUUGAACGUUACAAGAAUGCCUCGAGGAUCCCAUCGUUCCUUGUUUUAGGCGUCGAAGCUCCCAUAUAUUUUGCAAAUUCAACUUACCUCCAAGAACGUAUACUAAGAUCAAUAAGGGAAGAGGAAGAUUGGAUCAAAUCCAAUAGAGAGUCAAUGCUAAACUAUGUAAUUUUAGACAUGACAGCGGUUACAGCCAUUGAUACGAGUGGAAUCGACACCAUCCAAGAGCUCGGAAAGAUCAUCCGAAAGAGAUCAUUACAGUUGACUCUUGUAAAUCCUGUUGGGAGUGUGAUGGAGAAGCUUCACAAAUCAAAGGUGCUUGAAUUAUUUGGUUCUAAUAAUGGGGUUUACAUGUCCGUUGGAGAAGCCAUUUUGGAUUUGACAGCUUCAAGGAAAGUAGAAGGCUUAGCUUAGGUUUGUGGCAUCUAACUUUUCAAAGAGAUGUAAGAACUCCAUAAUUUGGAGUUAUUUCUCAAAUAGAGUUAAUUAAAUCUUAUAUAAAUAUAUAUAUAUAUUACAAACAAAAAUAUGUGAAUAAUUUUGAUCCAAAUAUUAGU